AUGACGAAGGAGGAGUUCGACGACUGGCUCGCCGAUCGAGGACUUCUGUGGAAGAAUCGCCCAUGUCCAAACUGUGGAAACCCAAGGAAGGUCACCAAGCAGGGGGAGCAAGGGGAUACAAGAUGGAAGUUCGAGUGCAAUCUUCGCUCGUGCCGGCGACCUGGUGUGGAGAGGAAGAUCGGUUACCUCAAGGGCACAUUUUUCGAGUCCUUACGUGGUGAUCGAAAGAAGAUCUUUCUGGCCAGCUACCUAUUCGCUUACGACCUCGGAACGGCGAAGGAGAUGGCUCGAACGCUCGAGGUGCAGGAGAACACCAUCCUGCAAUGGAGUCAGUGGUUUCGAGAUGUGCUCGUACAGUUCUACACUAACAACGUGGUGCAGCUGGGCGGACCAAAUACCAUCGUACAAGUGGACGAAACCAACAUCGUUCGUCGCAAGUACAACGUCGGCCGGAUCGUUCGGAAGGAUUGGCUUGUCGGUGGGAUCCAGGACGGUACGAAGCUCUUCUUUGUAGAGAUCGUCGACAAGCGCGACGCUGCUACUCUGGAGGCGAUAAUCCGGAAAUACGUUCGUCCUGGAGGCACCAUUCGAACCGACAUGUGGGGCGGAUACAACAACCUCGCCAAUCUAGGAUAUAACCACGAAGUGGUCAACCACAGCGCCAACUUCGUUGAUCCGGCCACGGGAGUCCACACCCAGCGCAUCGAGUGCAUGUGGUCACAUCUGAAGGAGAAGAUUCGACGACGGCAUGGUCUCAAAGGCGACCUUUGGGAUGACCAUUUCAUCGAAGUUCUCUGGAAGUGGCAAUACGACAGCGAACAUCUGCUGUACGAACUGUGGCGGCUCAUCUCGAUCCAGUAUCCCAUCCGCUGA